AUGUUUCAGAUGAGUUCUUAUCCAGGCACCUUGCUCCUUGUAUCCUUCUUCCACUUCAGCCAUCCUUGGUCAGUGAAUAAUUUCCUGAUGACUGGUCCCAAGGCAUACCUCAUAUACUCCAGCAGUGUUGCUGCCGGGGCGCAGAGUGGAAUCGAGGAAUGCAAGUUCCAGUUUGCUUGGGACCGCUGGAACUGUCCUGAGAGAGCUCUGCAGCUCUCUAGCCAUGGAGGUUUACGGAGUGCAAACCGAGAGACAGCUUUUGUCCACGCGAUCAGUUCUGCUGGAGUCAUGUACACGCUGACACGCAACUGCAGCCUUGGCGAUUUUGACAACUGUGGGUGUGACGACUCCCGCAACGGACAGCUUGGGGGUCAAGGAUGGCUGUGGGGAGGCUGCAGUGACAACGUGGGCUUUGGGGAGGCCAUUUCCAAGCAGUUCGUGGAUGCCCUUGAGACAGGGCAGGAUGCCAGGGCAGCCAUGAACCUGCAUAAUAACGAGGCUGGGAGGAAGGCAGUGAAAGGGACGAUGAAGAGGACCUGUAAAUGCCAUGGGGUGUCUGGCAGCUGCACCACCCAGACCUGUUGGCUGCAGCUGCCUGAGUUUCGAGAAGUGGGCACAUACCUCAAGGAGAAGUACCACAAAGCCCUGAAAGUGGACUUACUCCAAGGAGCAGGCAACAGCGCUGCCAGCCGGGGAGCCAUCGCAGAGACCUUCAGUUCCAUCUCCAAGAAGGAGCUGGUCCACCUGGAAGACUCGCCCGAUUAUUGCCUGGAGAACAAGACUCUGGGCCUCCUGGGGACCGAGGGCCGAGAGUGCCUGAAGAGGGGCAAGGCCCUGAGCAAGUGGGAGAAGCGGAGCUGCCAGCGCUUGUGUGGGGACUGCGGGCUGGUUGUGGAGGAACGGCGAGCUGAGAUGGUGUCCAGCUGCAACUGCAAGUUUCACUGGUGCUGCGCGGUCCGUUGCGAGCAGUGCCGCAAGCGAGUCACCAAGUACUACUGUGUCCGCAAGGAGAAACGGGAGCGCAGUGGGGGUGGCAGAGUGCCCCGCAAGCUCAAAAGGAAGCAGUCUUAA